AUGAAUAGUGCCCUCUGCAUCUCGUCCCUCUUCCUAGCCUCUUCUCUCAUCCUCUUCUGUGCUGAAUCGGCGGCAAACGACAUUGUCGGGGACACUUGCAAGAAGAUCGCAGCCUCGACGCCGAACGUGAAGUACGACUACUGCAUGAAGUCUCUUGGAUCGGACCCAAACAGCCGCACGGCGGACAUCCGAGGCUUGGGCCUCAUCGCGCUUAACCUGUUAGAAAACAGCCUGACGGGCACAUGCCCAUACAUUCAGCAUCUGCUGAAGCAGAAGUGGGACCGGUACGUCAAGAACUGCCUGUUGGAUUGCUCGGACCUGUACUCGGACUCGGUCGAGACCAUGAAAGAUGCGGUUGGGUCGUACCGGGCGAAGCGUUACUCGGACGCUCAGUUCUUGAUAGGCACGGUGCCUACGAAUGUGGACACGUGCGAGAGCCAGUUCAAGGAGAAGAAGGGCGCCGUCUCGCCGUUGACGAAGCAGAACAAAGACGCGGCGCAACUGUCUUUCAUGGCGUUUGCCACUGUUGCUAUUGUUAGAGGGUCGUGA